AAAAAAGAAAAGAAAAAGAAAAACUUGUCCACCAAACGCAGCAGAAAAUUAGUCGGCUUCUCUUUUUUUCCAGACGCAGCAGAGAUCCGAAAAGGAGUCAGGUUGGACGACAAGCUCAAAAGCUGCCCAAUAAUCGCCGCCGGUCGGGAGGUUGUCAAAGUUGCUAUUUCAAGAGUGCAAAGGGCUAUUGGAACUGGGUGCUAUUACAUCAUGAGUUGUGCGUCUCACGUCCUCCGUCACUCCAGAAAGAUCCAUAACACUUCCAACUUAGUACGGCAUGACAAUCUGUCUUUAGUCCGCUGGUUUAGUAAUGAAGCUAGGUUGUCUGCUGACAAAGGAGAUGACAUUUUGAAGUUUCAGAAAGCUGGUUUUGCAUCUCCUAAAGAACGCUUUCGAGGCACAGCAGGAUUUAGUAACAGAUGUAGAACAAUAGAUCCUCCCAUGAUAUCAGUUAGAGGAACACAAAAAGCAAACUCUAUAAGGACUGGAAGGAAGUUGGAUGUUCCUAUGGCUGGCAUCUUAUUCAACACUAGAAGUUCAUGGUCACCGUUGCCAAUGGGAAGAUGUUUUUCAACUGAAGCAGGCCUUCCUCCACAUCAGGAGGUUGGGAUGCCAUCCCUUUCACCUACAAUGACAGAGGGAAAUAUUGCAAGGUGGUUGAAGAAAGAGGGUGACAGAAUCUCUCCUGGUGAAGUCCUCUGUGAAGUUGAAACAGAUAAAGCAACAGUAGAGAUGGAAUGCAUGGAGGAAGGAUAUCUGGCUAAGAUUUUAAAAGGGGAUGGAGCAAGUGGAAUAAAAGUUGGUGAGGUGAUUGCUAUAACUGUUGAAGAAGAGGAAGAUGUUUCAAAAUUUAAAGACUACAAGCCUGCCGAAUCAGUUUCUGCAGCUCCAGUUAAAGAGCCCUCCACUCCAUCUCCCGCUAAAGACGAGGCUGCAAGAGAACCUGUCACUGCAACAGAGCAAAAAGUUUCUAAGCCAAGUGCAGCUCCUGCAGCAGAAGGUCGCAUUUUUGCUAGUCCUCUGGCUAGGAAAAUUGCCGAGGAGCAUAAUGUACCCAUUGCGGACAUAAAAGGAACUGGUCCUGAUGGAGUCAUUGUGAAGGCUGACAUUGAAGAUUAUUUGGCUUCUCGUGGGAAGGAAGCACCUGCUCCCAAGGCUGCCACUGCAACAGCUACAUCUUUGGAUUAUGCUGACAUCCCUCUUUCCCAAAUAAGAAAGGUGACGGCAUCACGGUUAUUGCUCUCAAAGCAAACAAUUCCACAUUACUAUCUAACUGUAGAUACAUGUGUGGACAAACUUAUGGAAUUGCGCUCCCAGCUCAACUCAUUACAAGAAGCUUCAGGCGGGAAAAGGAUAUCUGUGAACGAUCUUGUAAUUAAGGCUGCUGCUUUGGCUCUUCGGAAAGUUCCACAAUGUAACAGUUCAUGGACCAAUGACUAUAUUCGCCAAUAUCACAAUGUGAACAUCAAUGUCGCGGUACAAACAGAUAAUGGACUGUAUGUUCCUGUAAUCAGGGAUGCUGAUAAGAAAGGCUUGUCGAAAAUUGCUGAUGAAGUUAAGUAUUUGGCCCAGAAAGCAAAAGAUAACAGCCUUAAACCGGAAGAUUAUGAGGGAGGCACAUUCACAGUGUCAAAUUUAGGAGGCCCAUUUGGCAUCAAGCAAUUUUGUGCCAUUAUCAAUCCUCCUCAGGCUGGAAUUUUAGCAGUAGGGUCUGCUGAAAGGAGGGUUGUGCCUGAUUCGGGCCCUGAACAGUUCAAGUUUGCAUCCUUCAUGUCUGUGACAUUAAGCUGUGAUCACAGGGUUAUUGACGGUGCAAUUGGAGCAGAAUGGCUAAAAGCAUUCAAAGGAUACAUUGAAAAUCCAGAGUCCAUGUUGCUUUAAAUUGACGUACAGUUCGCUUCUCACGCCAGCUAGCAUUGAGGUUCCUGUUACCUUACAAAUUUUCCCUCUUAUGUUGAUUGAGUUUAACGAGGGACUUUCACGUUUCCAUAAACUGAUUUCGAUGGUUUUGUCCAUCUUGUGCUCGAUUGUAUCUCUCAUAUCUUAUCUUUCCAAAGGAUCAAGAGAGGAAGAUAAUUUUGGAAUAAUAAUAAUGCUCUUGGUGAUACACUGACUCAAUUUGCUAAUGUACAGAGCAAAAACACUUUGCUCCUGACAGAGUCAGUUGUUGCUUUCGAGGUUCUAAUGAUAAAAUUCCGUCAUUGAAAUUGACCUUACCAAUGACAUGCAAGUUUGUUUUAA